AUGGAGGCUAUUGUAUCAGCAAUUGCUAGUGACUUUGUUAACCGAUUCAUAUCCUUCUUGAUGAAGAAGUGUGGGAGCCAACAAAAUCUUGAAACAAAGAUGGAAAGGCUGCAGAAUCUCUUGCUCAAAGUUCACAUGAUCGUCGAGGAGGCUGAGGGGCGAUACAUCACCAACUCCAAGAUGCUACUUCAGUUCAAGAAGAUUGUAAAGGCCAUGUACCAAGGCUACCAUGUCAUGGAUAUUAUCAAGCAUAGGACCCUUUGCGGCUCAAGACAUGAAGAGGAGGUUAGCAGCUCCAAUAUUUUGUCAACCACUACAUGUUAUGUUAAUCCUUUUCGUACUUCACAGAACGCUGCCAUUAGACAUGAUCAGCUUCAAAACACAUUGGAUAGUUUAGAAACAAUUGCUUCUAGUAUCACAGAGUUUGUCUUUCUUCUUGGUGGAUGUGAACGCAUGUCUCCCAAACCUUAUGACACAUAUCUUUACUUUGAUAACUUCAUGUUUGGUCGUCAAAUGGAAAAGCAGCAAGUUAUCAAUAUCUUACUGCAAGAGAAUCUUCUGCAUUUUUCUCCAACUGUUCUCCCAAUCAUCGGCCCUACUAGAGUUGGUAAGAGAACUCUAGUUGCAUAUGUGUGCAACAAUGAGAUGGUCCGAUCACAUUUCUCAUCAAUCUUGCACUUGAAUGGUGAAAACAUUAGGAAAAUGGAGUGUGAAAGUUUUAGUAAAAAGAGGGAUUUGGUUGUGGUACAGUUCACAGCAGAUACAGAUGAUGAGAAUUGGAAGAAGUUUUAUGCAUCAUGCACACAUAUGGGAAGAGGAAGCAAGAUUAUAGUUGUAAGUAGGAUUGAGAGGAUAUCAAGGUUCGGAACCGUAAGGCCAAUUCAUCUUAACAGUUUGUCACAUGAGGAGUAUAGCUACCUCUUCAAGGUUCUCGCAUUUGGAAGCACUAACCCAGAGGAGCAUCCUCAAAUGGUGUCUAUAGCAAAUGAGCUGUCAGUGUUGCUCGGUGGCUCAUUCGUCGCAGUGAAUGUGUUUGCGGAUAUAUUCAGAAAGAAUCAUGUUCACUUAUGGCUCCAUGUCUUGAAAAAAUACAGAAAAAUGAUUCGGAAAAAUUUCUCAGAGUUCAAAGAACACCCCAAGCUUCUUUUGGACAAAGAACAUCAUAUAGAUAUAACCAAACUUGCAUCGUCAUCCUCUCCACUUCACCUCAUGCCUCCUAAUUGUGAAGACAAUCAGUCAAAGAGGAGCUUAACCAAGGUGAUGUUCAGUGACUUCAUAGCUGACUCUGUUGUUAUACCAAAGGAGAACUUUGAGUUAGUCACAUGGGAAUCGCGGAUACCCCCUUAUAGAAAGUUUGUCAACAUUGUUUCAAACUAUGAUGAUGAGAUGAAUUUUCAUCAUACAGAAGUACCUCACAAAAAGCGUCAAAAAUUAGAUAAAUAA